AUGGCAGAGCGUCAAGUAGAAGGAAGCAGCCGCAAGGAGAAAGAAACGGCUGGAAAAGGGAAGGAGAGAGCACUUUCUUAUUGCAUUUUUUUGUCGUCUGUGACUCAUAAGGCAUUUGACAAGAGCCGCAUCCUUUCGAAAACUUCAGAAUUUGGAUGUUUGUUCUGCGGUUUCCCUUCUCCGUUUGCGUGUAUUACAGCCGGGCAGAAGAAAUCGUUUAACAAUCGGAGGUCUGACAAGGUGGUGGAGGUGGAAGAAAACCUCGUAAACAGGCGUAAAACCGAAGAGCAGCGGUUGCAUUUUGGGAGUAUCAAGCAAGAGACCAGCGGGCGUUACGUUGUUCCAGUGGGACGACGAGGUGCUGCAGCUUUUAACCUAUUCUAUGAAUAA